CGGGGGAGGGCACUAGAAUGUGAAGGAUCUUGGCGGUUCUGGGUGCCCAGAAAGGCGGCGACGCGGCGGAUGACAACAUUAGGCCGCGACACGCUCCUGGCCGGGCGGCGGCUGUAGCGUUAGGUUUGGCCGCAGCAGUAGCCGCUGCCGGUAGCGAGCAGAGUGAGGGAAGGUGGGGGUCCGCCCUGGCCGGUGGGCCGCUGGGCCGAAAGUUCCCGCCCGGCUCGGGGGCCGAGCCAGCAGUGCUUCCGCGGCAGCUGGGCAGCGCCUUGCGUCCAGGCUCGCGCCCCAGCUGCCGCCGACUACAGCGGCCGAGAGAAGUUGGGGUCCGACUGGACGCGUACAGGGCCCGGGACCCCAGCGCCGCGGCGACCCCAGAGGAACCGGCUUCUUGCGUCCCGCCUCCCUGGAAGCUCCGCACUGGAUUUGCAGAUUUAUAGGAUGACUGCACAUUAAUGGAAAGAGAAGCAUAAACCUAUCUUGGUUCAUUAUGGAGGGAGGUUUGGCAGACGGAGAACCUGAUAGAACUUCGCUUCUUGGUGAUAGCAAAGAUGUCCUUGGGCCAUCAACUGUUGUAGCAAAUAGUGACGAAUCUCAACUUCUGACACCAGGAAAGAUGAGUCAGCGCCAAGGAAAAGAAGCUUAUUCAACGCCAACCAAAGAUUUGCAUCAGCCAUCUCUUAGUCCAGCAAGUCCUCAUAGCCAGGGUUUGGAAAGAGGGAAGGAAGAUAUUUCUCAAAACAAAGAUGAUUCUUCACUUUCUAUGUCAAAGAGCAAGAUGAAGAAGCAGAAAAAUUACCGUGAAGAAAAGAAAAGAGCCACAAAGGAGCUGCUCAGUACAAUCACAGAUCCUUCUGUUAUUGUUAUGGCUGAUUGGCUGAAGAUUCGUGGUACUCUAAAGAGCUGGACCAAGUUGUGGUGUGUGUUGAAACCUGGGGUGCUACUGAUCUAUAAAACCCAAAAAAAUGGUCAGUGGGUAGGAACAGUUCUUCUGAAUGCCUGUGAAAUCAUUGAGCGUCCAUCAAAAAAGGAUGGCUUUUGUUUCAAACUUUUCCAUCCUUUGGAGCAAUCUAUUUGGGCAGUGAAGGGUCCAAAAGGUGAAGCAGUUGGAUCCAUUACUCAGCCCUUACCUAGCAGUUAUUUGAUCAUCCGAGCUACUUCAGAAUCAGAUGGAAGGUGCUGGAUGGAUGCUUUGGAGUUGGCUUUGAAAUGUUCUAGUCUUCUUAAACGUACAAUGAUCAGGGAAGGAAAGGAACAUGACCUGAGCAUUUCAUCAGACAGCACACAUGUGACUUUGUAUGGCUUAUUACGUGCUAACAAUCUCCAUAGUGGGGACAACUUCCAGUUAAAUGAUAGUGAAAUUGAACGACAGCAUUUUAAGGACCAAGAUAUGUAUUCUGAUAAAUCUGAUAAAGAAAAUGAUCAAGAACAUGAUGAAUCUGACAAUGAGGUGAUGGGGAAAAGUGAAGAAAGUGACACAGAUACAUCAGAAAGACAAGAUGACUCAUAUAUAGAGCCUGAGCCUGUUGAGCCUUUAAAGGAGACUACCUACACUGAACAGAGCCAUGAAGAACUUGGGGAGGCAGGUGAGGCUUCUCAAACAGAAACUGUGUCUGAAGAAAACAAAAGCCUUAUCUGGACAUUAUUGAAACAAGUCCGUCCUGGCAUGGACCUAUCCAAGGUGGUUCUGCCUACAUUUAUUUUGGAACCCCGUUCCUUCCUGGAUAAACUUUCAGAUUACUACUAUCAUGCAGAUUUCCUGUCUGAGGCUGCUCUUGAAGAAAAUCCUUAUUUCCGUUUGAAGAAAGUAGUGAAAUGGUAUUUGUCGGGAUUUUAUAAAAAGCCAAAGGUAAUGUUUGUUUAUAUUUUAUAUGAUUAUACCACCUUGCAUUUAAUUCUUCCUGAAAUUAAGAAGCUUGAGAUGCUGAUUUUAGUCUCUCAUCAUCCACCAAUAUCUGCCUUUUAUGUUAGUAAUCGAAAAGAUGGAUUUUGCCUUAGCGGUAGUAUCCUGGCUAAGUCCAAGUUUUAUGGAAACUCAUUAUCUGCAAUAUUAGAGGGAGAAGCACGGUUAACUUUCUUGAAUAGAGGUGAAGAUUAUGUAAUGACAAUGCCAUAUGCUCAUUGUAAAGGAAUUCUUUACGGCACAAUGACACUGGAGCUUGGUGGAACAGUCAAUAUUACAUGUCAAAAAACUGGAUAUAGUGCAAUACUUGAAUUUAAACUAAAGCCAUUCCUAGGGAGUAGCGACUGUGUUAAUCAAAUAUCAGGAAGACUUAAAUUGGGAAAAGAAGUCCUAGCUACUUUGGAAGGACAUUGGGAUAGUGAAGUUUUUAUUACUGAUAAAAAGACUGAUAAUUUAGAGGUUUUCUGGAAUCCAACACCCGAUAUUAAGCAAUGGAGAUUAAUGAGGCACACUGUAAAAUUUGAAGAACAGGGAGAUUUUGAAUCAGAGAAACUCUGGCAGCGGGUAACUCGAGCCAUAAAUGCCAAAGACCAAACCGAAGCUACCCAAGAGAAGUAUGUUUUGGAAGAAGCUCAAAGGCAAGCUGCCAGAGAUCGGAAAACAAAAAAUGAAGAGUGGUCUUGCAGAUUAUUUGAACUUGAUUCACUCACAGGAGAAUGGCAUUAUAAGUUUGCAGAUACCCGACCAUGGGAUCCACUUAAUGAUAUGAUACAGUUUGAAAAAGAUGGCGUUAUUCAGACCAAAGUGAAACAUCGUACUCCAAUGGUUAGUGUCCCCAAAAUGAAACAUAAGCCAACCAGGCAACAGAAGAAAGUAACAAAAGGCUAUUCCUCCCCAGAACCUGACAUCCAAGACUCCUCUGGAAGUGAAGCUCAAUCAGUAAAACCAAGUACAAGAAGAAAGAAAGGAAUAGAACUGGGAGACAUUCAGAGUUCCAUCGAAUCUAUAAAACAAACACAGGAAGAAAUUAAAAGAAAUAUUAUGGCUCUUCGAAAUCAUUUAGUUUCAAGCACACCUGCCACAGAUUAUUUUCUGCAACAAAAGGACUACUUCAUCAUUUUCCUCCUGAUUCUGCUUCAAGUCAUAAUAAACUUCAUGUUCAAAUAGUUCUCUACCAUUGAAUCAGUGAACUAGAAAGAUCUGAUUUGGCCUGGGACCAGUGUUCAAGUUGGUUUGGUCUUUAUUAAAAAUCACAAUAUUUCUUAAAAAAAACAAAAACAAAAAAAAAGCCUAGUAGAUAAAUGUAGAGGUAUUGACUUUUCAUAUCUUUUAUCUUCACACUGAAACAAGAGCUAUCCUAUUUGAUUAUUAAAGUGAGCUAUGUGUUAAGUACCAGGACAUUUCUAGCUUUUGUGAGAAUGUGUCUACAUGUGAGUAUAAUAAACCCACAUGUAUACAUAGUUGUCUCUUAUGUACUCUUACCUGACAGUAAUCUUUGUAUUCUAUAGUAUGUUCUGAGAUGUAAAGUUAACAUUGUUCAUAACAAAAAAUGCUAUCAAUCUUAUAUGUAAUCUAUUUUCUUCAUAAAACAGGCACAAAACUUUUAUCAGUAAGGAAUUACAGAUUGAGAAAUGAUGGAAUAAUAGACAUAAUUAGUUCAAUAUACUACUGUUAAAAUCGUUUGCAAAGUACUCAGCUAUCUUCUUAGAAAGAAAUAGUAUGAAUGGUCAAAAUGAAUAUAUUGAGAGAGAUAAAUGGCAAAUUGCUUUUUUUUAAAGUUUACACAAGAUUUUUUUUUAACCUCCAGAAUUUAAUAUAUAGAAAUCCAGGUAAAUAUAUAUACUUAUGUGUAUAUCAGUAUAAAAACACUGGUGUGCAACUACUUGGAUUGAUUAUAAUACCACCUUAAGCACUUGCUGUAAAAAGUGUUGUCAAAAUUGAUUGCUGUCCUUUUUUCUUACUUUUGUUUUUCUUAGGUCAGCUGGUUCAUAACACAGGCCAAAUUCUAGAGAUGUUUAUAGGGCAUUUGAAGUGCUGGUAAUUCAUGUUUUCUCAUUAUGAAAACUUAUUUUAGCUUUAGACCCUAGUGUGUUCAGUGAGUGAGUAGAAUAAAAAAAAAUUAUAACCAAUAUUUUACUUCAAAAGCCAAGAAGAGAAAGGCAGUAAGAAAAGACACUGUGUGGUGGCCUGUAUGUGUACAUUAAGAUUGAUUUCUGUAAAACAUGCAAUAAGUUGAGUAUCUACGAAGAGUAUCAAGUUCUGAAGUUUAAUUUUUUAUUAUCUCCCUCCAUUUUUAGUAACUUCUUUCUGUGGCAAAACCACAAUUCUUUGAGAUUCCUAUUAUUCAGGCUAAGAAAAACUUAAGUUUUUUUGUUUCUUCAGUUUAAUAUUUUCACUUUGUAUUUUUAUAUCAAUAUUUAUAUUCCUUGAGAGCAGUUUUUGCCAAGGUAGUUAAGUUUGGGAAGAUGUUGUUCUAAAAUAUGUCUUGGAAUCCUGAAAGUAUAGAUUUUGAAUUUUUUUUUUAAUAAAAAUGAAGGUCAGAGAGAAUAAUUGCCCUGACCACAUUUGCCUUUCAGUAGGAGGUGGCUGUGAAAUAGUAAAAUUACAAUCAAUUGUUUAUGCCAUGAUAAAUACAAGGGCUGAUUACUAAAUUAUGAAAAUCAAAACGAUUAUUAAAAGAGCCUGCUUUUUUUCCUAACCAAUGUAGCUAUCUUAAGUAUUCUUAGGUUUCUGUGAAGAACCAUUUCCCAUGUUUUGUUAGCAAAAUAAUUCUGCCUUCUAUAUAUACAUGUGAAUUGAUGUUUUAAAUUGAUAAAAGCAUAAAUAAGACCUACCUAUACCCAUUAUUUUCAUGACAUUAGAACAAAUGGAUUUUUGGUUAUAUUUCAUAUUUGUCAAUGUAAUUUUUGUAUUCACAUUCUGUUACAUUCUGCCUAUUCAUUGAUAUAUGAUAUUCUGUAAAUAUUGUACAAUUUUAUCUUUUUUAUGGUUUAAAUUAGUUAAUUACAUGUAACUUGAUUGGCUUAUCACAAAAAUCAUUUCAUCAUUAAACCUUGAUAACAUUUUUUAUUGGUGACCCACCUCUUAGGACUUUGGCCUUAUCCACUUGGGUAUGUUGUUUUCAUUUGGUCCAAAUAAUAUUUCAUCUGUAUGGGUAUCAUCUAAGACUAAAUAGGUAGUUGUUUUCUUUAUUUUUAAAAUUUCUUUUUAGAGCAAAUGUUAUGGGUUCUUACCCAAAGAGUCAAAAACUAUUUCUUAAGAAAGAACAGGGUUAUUCGUGACUGUUUCUUGUACACUAAAAGCAUACAUCUAAUCUAAUAGUCCUCUUACGCUUGUAGUUGUAUGAGUUUCUUUCUAUAAACUGAACACAAAACUCAGGAAUUGGUGGCUUAAUUUUAGAUCAGUGCUUGUACAAGGCUUAGUUAUAUGAAUCUUUAAAACACAUAAUUACUAACUUUGUAGCCAUAAUAUGUAAUUGACUUUGAAUGUUAUUUACCUGAAAUUAAUCUUCCUUCACACCAGAAUUCAUAAUGUGAUUUACAGUUCCUAGUUGUCUGAGAGCCUCACGAGGGUUUCUAGGACUUACGACUUUAUGACCAGUUUUUUCCAUUUAUCAAAAUUUUAUUUUCUUACAUGAAAACUUAAUUGAGUAAUAAUUAUUCACAUGUACAUUUUCUUUUUAGCUGUUAAAUGUACUAUACCAUCAUCAACCAUUUAGUAAGAUAUAGCUGGCCCAGGACAUGUAAAAUAAAACAAUAAAUAGGGCACGUGAAAUGUUAAGUUACAGCAAUAGAUAUUUCACUUGUAUUUCAUUGUUUUGUAUCAUUUAGGUACAGUGUACUCUUGGCCACAGCUCAGUUGGCAACUGCGUUCCAUUGAAAAGUUGGCCUUGUAAAAUACAGUUUUCGUUUAAUAUUCAUGCUGUUGUGCCUUUAAGAAAAUAUGUUUUGUCAUUUUUGUGUUACAGAAGUAAUAUGAUUCAAGGUGUUUAUAGGCUUAGUUGUCAUAAAAGGGUCAUUUCUGUGUCACUUUCUUUUUAUAUAGCUAUAGUAUAUUUAAACAAUAAUGCUAUCUUUUAUAAGGGUUUGUCUAUUUACCUAUUCUUUACUCAGACAUUGAUGUAGACUUGUCAGAUUAUUCUGAGUAUUGUUAACAGUGCCUUUUCGAUGGAAUUCACACUUUUUUGGCUGUCAGCUUGUGCCAUAUACAUACAAAAUUUUGUGGAAGGCAGUUUUAACUUUUUGAAGAAUAUCUGUCAAAAUUUAAGAAAACAAAUGUAUAAAAUUCCAUUUUUCCAGUAUUUAGCAUUUCUAGUAAGCAGUGAGGUUUUUUUUGUUUGACAUACAGUGAUGACGGCAUCAUUGAUAAGCCAUACAUGAGACUGCAGAUUAUACUGAAUCAUAUUAAAUGUACAUAAAUAAAAUAUUAGAUUUAUAUCAAAUUUUCCAGUCUGAACCAGUGGGGAAAGCCCCACAGAAAUCAGUAAGUUUACAUUUCAAUUUCUAUCUUAUUUGACUAAGUGGAAAGAGAGUCUUUAAAAUAUAUAACCUGCCAUUAUGUAAUUUGGUUUCAUUUUAUUCUAUCAGUUGUUUGAGUUUAGUAUAUUUAAUUUACUUUUUGUUACCCUUACAUACUGUUUGUUUUUGUUACAGCUUUUAAUUGAAGAUGGACUGUUAAAAUUGUAUAGGACCAGUGUCUUAUUAAUAUGAUUAAUAUAUUUAGAAGAGCCACAUGAAACCCAUGACAAAAUGAAUGUGAAUAUUCUUUCUAAAAAUUUAGGAAAUUUUAUCUUUUUGCAUUUGUUAUGUAAAAUUGUUUUGGUUUUAUAAUAUCAAAUUUUAUCAUUUAAAAAAAAAUGCCAUGAAACAUUUGAACUGAUGAGCCACAGAACUUCCGUUGAAAUUUUUUUUCACUUUUUGGCAUGCUAAAUAUACAUCUGAGUUUAAAUAUUUUGUUUAAUGACCAUUUAUAAACUCAAGCACUACCACUGGUCAGUUUUGUGUGAUAGAAUAAAAAUAUGUUACCUGCAGUGUAAGUACAGCACACUGUCAAAUUCUUUUCCUUAAGGUGCAUAGUAAAUGUACAGAUAGUUAUAGGCCACUGUUUUGUAAUGUAGUACAUUUCUAACCUAUUAUUCCUAACCUAUUAUAACUGUUUGCAAAAAGAAAAGAAUUGAAUUUUUCUAAUAAUCUGUAAAAUUAUGUUAACUUCUAUAAGUAGGCUUCUAAAUAAAAUUUUGUAAAAGAGCAAA